UAAGUCCCUACUACGCGUUUUGCGACUGUCGUGCUACCGCUCUUUUUUCAUGCAUGACGGCGUAAUACGAAAUUUGGAAAAAAAAUGCAAAACGCUAUCGUUGCAAUGGCUUUACGCUCUUGAAUCAAGCAAUAAACAAAGAAAGUAAUUGAUAUAUGUUGCAAUGAACAGCGGUUAUGUUUUUCGAUGAAAAGCGAUAUAACGACAAUGGCGGCAAUGUCCCCGUCGAAGCGGAGACUACAGAAAGAAUUAAUGUCUUUAAUACGUGAACCUCCACCGGGUGUACAUGUAGAUGAAGAUCUUACUGGUCAAAAUUUAACACAAUGGAUUGUUCACAUGGAAGGUGCAAAGGGUACCUUGUAUGAAGGUGAACAAUUCCAAUUGCAAUUUAAAUUCAGUUCUAAAUAUCCAUUCGAUUCUCCGGAAGUAACUUUCAUAGGUGGAAAUAUACCAGUACAUCCACAUAUUUAUAGUAAUGGUCAUAUCUGCUUAUCUAUUUUGACUGAUGAUUGGUCUCCAGCUCUGAGUGUGCAAGGAAUUUGUUUAAGUAUUAUAUCAAUGUUAAGCAGUUGUAAAGAGAAGAAAAGGCCACCUGAUAAUUCGUUUUAUGUGAAAACAUGUAAUAAAAAUCCCAAAAAAACAAAGUGGUGGUACCAUGAUGACGAUGUGUAACAGCAACUGCAAAAAUCAUUUACAACUUGUCAAUGUGCAGUUAUUGCUGGACCAAGUGGAAUGACAUUUCUUGUAUCUUAAAGUAAUUAUUAAAAUUUCAUAGAUGAAAUUGCUGAAAUAUCUUUAUCACAUAUUUAAAGAAUUAGAUGCAUAUGUUAGAAAAAAAGCAAAGGCUGCAUAUUACUUAUUAUUACAAUAAAGAGGCGAUAUAAAAUGCGUGAGUUAUCCAGUUAUAAAUUAUUAUGAUAUUAUUACAAAUGAUACAUAUUAUCCCACAGUUAAAUAGGAAAAGCAUAAGUUACAAAAUGCAAAAGCAGUAAAGAAAAGUGCACAUAUGAUACUAAUUUAAUGAAAAUGUUUC